AUGAGGUUUACUGUAAUUUCCAGAUUACUCCCUUGUCGCCACAAUCUGCCCAGUACAUGUGCACUUGGGAAUUCUCGUGCAUUCCAACCUAAUUUUGUACCCAGAGAUCCAAAAGCCAAACCAAAAAAGUACAAAAUUCCUCAAUUUUAUGAUCCAUAUGGUCCCAGACCUCCCCCCUCAGAGAAAGUUGUUCAGCUUGCAGAGCGAAUAGCAGCACUGCCUUAUGAAGAACGCCGUCAAAUUAUGCCUGUUUUGGGAGAAAGACUAAGGCUUCCGAAGUUGCAGCCAAUUUCAACUAAAGGCUUGGACUUGGCUCCACAAAAUGGUGCUGCUGGACCGAAGGCUGAGAAUUUUCCUGUAGGUAGAUAUUGUUAG